AUGGACCUCCAAACUAUCGACGUAGCGAUGUUCGCCAAGACACAUGUCUCCCAAGUCACAGCCACCAUCGGCCUGGUCACAUUCGCCAUCACCAAGAAGAAGCUGACGCCAGGAGGCAUCGCGGCUGGUAUUUUGGUCGCCUUCAUCCAUAUGGUCCACCCUUGGCCGGCGUUCUUCUGGCUGUUGACCUUGUUCUUCUUCUUUGGGACUGUGGUGACGAAGAUCGGUCACGACAAGAAAGCGUCCUUGACACAGUCAGCUACAGGUGGUCAGGGCGGCGAAGGCGCCCGCACCUCAGCCCAGGUCUUCGCCAACUCCGGUUUUGCCAGCAUCCUAAUCCUAGCCCACACCUACCUCCUCACUAGCACCCCCUUCAUCUCUUCCCACAUCUCCAUGACCGCGGGUCCCUACUUCCCUGUCAUUCAGAAGCUGCUACCUAUCGGCAUCAUCGCCCAAUACGCCGCCGUGGCAGCCGACACAUUCUCGUCGGAACUUGGAAUCCUGUCCGAAGAGCAGCCCUUCAUGGUAACGGCGCCGUGGCGAAAGGUACCAAAGGGGACGAAUGGCGGCAUCACGGUGGAUGGACUGAAGUAUGGAGCUCUAGGCUCCGCUCUCUUGACUCUGGUGGCGAGCGUGGCGCUGUUUCUAGCGGAGCCGAGGGUUCAGGCCAAUGCGAGGGCGAGUGUGUUAUUGAUGGUUAGUGGGUUGGCGGGGAGUGUGAUUGACUCGGUGCUGGGAGCUUUGGUACAGGUUACGGUGACGGACAAGGGAAGCGGGAAAGUUGUGGAGGGACAUGGUGGGCAGAGGGUUCUUGUGAAAAGGGAUGGGAGUAGGGUCAAGAUCGGGAGGGAUCUGUUGUCGAACAAUGGGGUGAACUUCGUGAUGGCCGCGUUGGCGAGUUUGCUUGCUAUGGGUGUGGCGUGGGAGAUGGAGAUUGGGUUCUAG